UGGAUGUAUUUAGCCCCUUAGAGUUAAGACCUCUCUAUGAUGUUAUCUUCAAAUAGAAUAGGGGCGUAUAGACACGAUGAAAUUAUGCUCUUGUAGGUUAGCAAGCUAUUUCUAUCGACAGGAUCAGAACAGAUAACAAAAUGACUUCUCAAGACAAGAGUAUAGUUCUUAUAACAGGUGGCAACCAGGGCGUGGGUUACGAGACAGCGAAGAAUUUGGUCAUUUCAUCCCAGAAUUAUCAUGUUAUCCUAGGGAGCCGAGACGCUUCGAAAGGAGAGGCUGCUGCACAGGAGAUCCAGGCCACCGAGGGGGUUAAAGGCACAGUGUCUUCCACUCAAAUUGACGUAACCGACGAUAAAUCAGUUGACGCCGCAGCCGAACGUAUCGCUGCCGAGUAUGGGAGACUUGAUGUGCUCGUCAAUAACGCUGGGAUCGUCUCAAUGGUCAGUCCUCCCACGCGCGAGGUCUUCCGACAAGUCCUAGGAACCAACGUCGUUGGCGCCCUGAGCGUAACAGAAGCCUUCCUGGAUCUACUUCGCAAGGCCGUUCAUAAACCGCCCCGUCUUAUCUUUGUCAGCUCGAGUAUGGGCUCCAUCACACAUGCCUCGGACCCGGCCUCGCCUUAUUAUAAUCCAGGGGCGGUAGAGUAUCGCACCAGCAAAGCAGCAUUGAAUAUGCUGAUGGUUAUGUACUACGCUCGACUGAAGCCGGAGGGCUUCCUGGUGUUUGGAGCAGAUCCGGGGCUGUGCGCUACUAACUUCACCGGCAAUCCCGCUUCACUUCGAGAAAGGAAUGCCGCCGAACCUUGGCAAGGGGGCGAACGCGUUGCUACCGUGGUCAAGGGAGAGAAGGACAGUGACGUCGGGAAAGUAUUGGGUGUAUAUGGCGUCUCGCCAUUCUAAUUAGACAUUCAUAUUUGGGUACUAGGUACCUAGUUAACUAUAUAAUCUCAAGCUCGAUUAUGGCACAAAUAGGGGGUAAAUUGAGACUGAUUUCUUGGCGCAGAACGAGCUACCCCUAAGUGUGUCUGUUAUGUCCCAAUUCAUU